CGGCACUCAUCACUCUUGUUCCUGUCCUGUUUCAUUUUCAUCCUCCUCGGUCUCACGCUGAAGGUUUCCUUUUUCAUUUUAAGGAGGAUCACUUUGGAUUAGCUCAGCAGUUUUAUGAUGCACUUUGCUGGCGUGUAGCCGUUUGCUGGAGGAGGAGUCAUUAUCUCAUAAGCUUUUCUCCGUGCCAAACUAUGAGGCUCUGAUCUGCCACUGAAACCGAGGUUUCCCUGAGCUGCAUAGAAGAUGUCCACCAUGGUGUAUCCGCGGGAAGAGAAGCUUGAGAAGCUCUCUCAGGAGGAAAUCAUUUCCAACACAAAGCUGGUGAUCCAGGGUCUGGAGGCCCUGAAGAAUGAGCACAACUCCAUCCUCCACAGCCUCCUGGAGACCAUCAAGUGCCUAAAGAAGGAUGAAGAAGCCAACCUGGUGCAUGAGAAGUCCAACCUGCUCCGCAAGUCAGUGGAGAUGAUUGAACUGGGCCUGGGAGAAGCACAGGUGAUGAUGGCCCUGUCCAACCACCUGAAUGCAGUGGAGUCAGAGAAGCAAAAGCUGCGUGCGCAGGUGAGGAGGCUCUGCCAGGAAAACCAGUGGCUGCGGGAUGAGCUGGCCAACACCCAGCAGAAGCUGCAGAAGAGCGAGCAGAGUGUGGCCCAGCUGGAGGAGGAGAAGAAGCACCUGGAGUUCAUGAACCAGCUCAAAAAAUACGACGAGGAUGUCUCACCAACUCAGGAGGAGAAGGACCGAGAGACACCGAAGGACUCUCUGGACGACCUCUUCCCCAAUGAUGAGGAGGAGCAUGGCCAAGGAAUGCAGCACCAACACAACAGUGCAGCCGUGGCUGCAGCCCAGCAGGGGGGCUACGAGAUCCCAGCCCGUCUGAGAACCCUGCACAACCUGGUGAUCCAGUAUGCCUCCCAGGGCAGGUACGAGGUGGCCGUCCCCCUCUGCAAACAGGCGUUGGAGGACCUGGAGAAGACCUCUGGACACGACCACCCAGAUGUGGCCACCAUGCUCAACAUCCUGGCCUUGGUCUACAGGGAUCAGAACAAAUACAAAGAGGCUGCCCAUCUGCUCAACGAUGCUCUGUCCAUCCGGGAGAAAACCCUGGGCAAAGACCAUCCUGCUGUUGCUGCAACGCUGAACAACUUGGCUGUGCUGUAUGGAAAGAGGGGGAAGUACAAGGAGGCUGAGCCUUUGUGCAAGAGGGCUCUGGAGAUCAGAGAAAAGGUCCUGGGGAAGGACCACCCAGAUGUGGCCAAACAGCUGAACAACCUGGCCUUGCUUUGCCAGAACCAGGGCAAGUACGAGGAGGUGGAGUACUACUACUGCCGUGCCCUGGAGAUCUACGAGUGCAGGCUGGGCCCAGAUGAUCCCAAUGUGGCCAAAACUAAAAACAACCUGGCGUCCUGCUUUCUCAAACAGGGGAAAUACAAGGAGGCUGAGGUUCUGUACAAAGAGAUUCUGACCCGUGCUCAUGAGAAAGAGUUCGGAUCUGUUGACGCUGAAAACAAGCCCAUCUGGAUGCAUGCAGAGGAAAGAGAGGAGAUGAGCAAGGGCAAGCACAGAGACAACACUCCAUACGGAGAGUACGGAGGCUGGUACAAGGCCUGCAAAGUGAACAGCCCUACAGUGAACACCACCCUGAGGAACCUGGGGGCCCUGUACCGCCGACAGGGCAAGCUCGAGGCUGCUGAGACCCUGGAAGAGUGUGCCGUGAGGUCUCGCAAGCAGAGCAACACAGGCAUUGACCCCAUCCACCAGACACGUGUGGUGGAGAUCCUGAAGGAUACAGAGGGCGACAGGCGGAGGAGCAGGGACAGCCUGACCAGCGUUAAGUAUGAGAGCGGCUCUGAGACCGGCGAGGAAGUGAGUAUGGGCGUGGAGUGGAACGGGGACGGCAGCGGAGCCCUCCAGCGCGCCGGCUCUCUGGGGAAGCUCAGGGACGUUUUACGUCGCAGCAGUGAGCUGCUGGUAAAGAAGCUGCAGGGCAACGGACCGCCUGAACCCCGCAACACUAAUAUGAAGCGAGCUGCUUCCUUGAACUACCUGAACAAAACCAGCGAUGACGCGUUCCAGACACGAGGAGGCAGUAAUUUCAGGGAGAGUCGGGGCCUGAGCUCCAGCACUGUGGAUCUGUACUCUGGGAACUGAGCCGCCGGUGGCCAGGUGGCUGAUCUAUGAGCCGAUCUGCUCACCGACCCGAAGAUGCUCCUCCCUUCGUCGCUUCCUCGGAGCCACGACGAUCACCGACGACACUACCAGACAGCGUCAGCCCUCCUGCACACCCUUUCUCUGCCUGUCAGCAUGUGACCCAAAGACCCAUUUCCUCCAACAUUCAGACCCAAAGACAUUUUCAGUCAUCCAAACAUGUACAAGUAGAACUGUUGUGGGUUUUUUUAUCCCCAGUUUGUUUUUAAAUUCAAGUUUUUUCUUUCUCGUCUUCGAGAGACAGAUUUCUUCCUUCAUCAUGGUCCUAACAGUGGUGUCGCCUCAGUGCCUCCUAAAUGUGGCCGACAAAACAUACCUCAUCUCUCCCCCUUAUUAAUAAUCACUGUGACUCUGCACUUUCACUUCAUCUGUUGCCAUACCGUCACCUGUUCUGGUAUGUUUCUCCUCAUGUUGUUUAGAUUUGAGAUGCGUGUGUCCUCCCGUGCCAUUCAUUGUUUUCUCCAAAAAAUGUUUAAACAUAAUAAAUAGGUCUGUUUGGUUUGAAAUGAUGAUGUAAAGUUGACGUGAUUACACUGUUAGAAAAAAAAUCAUUUUUAUGUUCAUUUUAAUGGUGAUACAUUUGCCUGUGGAGAUUUACUUGCAAUGCGAGGUGUUGGUUGAAGCUUUGGGAAACAGGGUGAAAUGCUUAUCCUACUGACACCAUGUGAGUCAUGUGACCUGUUGAGGAUAACUUUUGUUCAUACAAAGUUUUGGAGAACAGUUUGAAAUUUAAAUGGGCUGCUGCUUGAACCUCAACAGCUUUGAGAUCCGAGUGUGUUUUCUUUUUUUCUGCACCGCUUUCUCCUCCGCUGCAGAGAAAACACCGGAACAGUCUGAGUCAUUUGUGGCAUCAGAGUGCUGAAAAACACAGCCAUGAAAAUGUUCAACUUUUUAAAUUAUAUAUAUAUAUAAAUAAAAAAAAAAUCAUGAGGCUGAACUGGGUUGCUUAAUUCAUCCUGGUCGUCCUGAAUGAUCUCUGGUGCCAUGCAAGACCUCUGGUGGGUUUGAGCUGCCAACCGUGAGCACAUCUUAAAAUGAUGUUUACAGUGAUUAGAAUGUGUGAUACUUGUAGAUUUCUGCUAUGUGAUAAUGAUAGAUUUUGCACAAUUCUCAGAUGGGUGUCUUCUGUCUUUGAUUGCAUUUUGUUUGUUUGUUUUUUUUUAGUGAAGCUACUCAAAAGAACUGGAAUGUUUUGUAAUUAUUCUUGAUUUUUCUUUCCCCCCUUGUUUUAAGUACCCCCUGUGCCCCUGUUUCUCUUCUAAUAAAUGUGUAAAAUAGAAUCUGAUCAUAAGUUCACAAAUCAUGCAGUUCAUUAGGAAAUUAGCGGGAAUAGAGUUGCGUUUCUUUAGGUUCAUAAUCAGUUAUUGGUAAGAGUUGAAUGUGCUGAAUCUGUUUGGAUCUGAUUCUUAAACAGUCCCAUAUAUCAUAAAUACUUUGAUAGUGUCUCAACCACUGCCCGAUCUUGAUUCAGAAAUAAAACCAACGAUUUUCUAU